CACACAAUGAAAUUGUGUCCUUGUGUCUUUAACCCAAACGGCUGCAUAUAUCAGUAUCGUGGAUAUCGGAAUCGGAAAUUAAGUGUUUUGACAAUAUCGGCAAAUCGGAUAACAGGACAUCCCUAAUAGUUAUAGUGUUAGUUAUUAGUCUACUACUAUAGUCAAGUACAGUAACAUAUACUUUUGUUUAUGAAAUUAUCAUUAAUAAUUAUGGUUUUUCUAUAUACUUUAUUUACUGCUAUUGCAGCUAAUACUAUCAUCAAACCACUACUGCUACUAAUACAGUAUUAAUACUGCUGCUGCAAUGACUUAUAAUCAUGUAUUACUUUAAAAUAUUCUUUGACAGUUUUAAUAAUAAUUCUACUUCAUUAAUAUUACUACUAAUAAAAUUAUUGUUGUUAGUAUUACUGCUUCUACUGUAGUAGUUCUUGUUUUUAUUUGUCUUUUUAAUUUCUCUCCUCCUCCUCUCCCUUCAGGAGGAAGUCACUAUUUACUCUUUGAUGAAAUGUCUCAUACCUUCCAUCAGCAGGGCCAUGAGGUCCGUAUGCUCCUACAACAGGGGAACCCCACCAUUACUGGUUUCUCUUACGAAGGCCGUGCAGACAGUUACCAGUUGAGCACCUGGUCUUUAGGAGACAAGUACAUUAAAGAAUACAAUGGCUGGUUUUUGGAGCAACAAACAGAGUUUUUACUGGGAAGGGACAGCUUUAACAACUUCCUAAACUUCAUGGGGCACUUGUCUUAUCAGUGUGAUAAACUGCUAGAAGACAAAGAGACCGUGAGUUUCCUGCAGAGACAACAGUUUGACAUCAUUGUCCUCGAUGCCUUCAACCCCUGUUCCUUCAUCCUGGCACGAAAACUCGGUACUGUACCUUUAAAACAUCGUCUAUUCCUUGGGUUUAUUUCAUCAUUAAAAUUGGUUCUUAGUGUUAAUGUAACCACUGACUUGAAUCUCACUGUUAUUCCAGGUGUCCAAUAUAUAGCUUUCUAUCCUGGCAGUCUGAAUGGUCCUCUGUCCAUCACUCUGCCCAGUCCUGUCUCCUACAUCCCUGUCUUCAGCUCCCAGCUGUCGGACCAUAUGAACCUCUGGGGUCGUGUUAAGAAUCUCUUCUAUGCUACUCUGGCUCCUGUAGGGCAAGAACUUGUGUGGUCGAGAUUCAGGGCGGUGGCUGAGCGCCACCUAGAGUUAGGCUCACCUCCUGGUGGACUUGAGGAGUUACACCAGGGAGCUGAACUCUGGGCCUUCAACACUGACUUCUCCCUGGAGUUCCCGCAGCCUCUGAUGCCGUACACUGUGUUGGUCGGAGGGUUACUGAAUAAAGCAGCACAAUCUCUGGGACAGGUCUGGAUGAAUGCAUACGUAAAGCACCGUAAUGUUGGACAGGUUGUUUCUUCUUUUGUCUUAUCUGGCCCAAUUCUUCAGGAUCUCGAGUUGUGGAUCUCCAGUUUUGGAGAAGCGGGUUUCAUUGUGGUGACUCUGGGAUCUAUGGUUUCCUCUGUCUCUGUGCACCCGCUGCUGGUGGAGCUGGUGGCAGGUUUUUCUAGAGUCCCUCAGGGUGUAGUCUGGAGAUAUGACUCUCAGCGAUGGCCUCCUGACCUGGACAAACCUCUGAAUGUCAAACUUGUAGACUGGCUGCCUCUGAACGACCUGCUGGGGCAUAAGAAGGCGCGACUGUUCAUCACACACGGUGGACAAAACAGCUUGCUGCAGGCGGUGUACCACGGAGUCCCUGUGCUGGGAAUCCCUCUGUUUGGAGACCAGUUUGAUAAUGUGGUCAGGGCUGAAACUAAAGGAUUUGGUCUGAGCAUCAGUCUCACUGACAUCACCAGGCAGCUGCUGCACGCAACUAUUCGAAAACUCCUACAGGAUGUGAGGUUCAAAUCUUCGGCUCUGUCCUGCAGCAGGAUUCACAGAUCUCAUCCUGUCCCGCCGGCACUUCGACUUAUUUACUGGUUGGAACACAUUCAGCACAGUGGAGGUGGUGCUCAUUUACGACCGGCUUCGCUGUGGCAACCAUGGUACCAGAGAUACCUGGUGGAUGUGGGGCUGCUUCUACUACUGGGGCUUCUUGGACCUGUGGUUCUCUGCUGUCUUCUCUGUAGGAACAUGCGUAAAAUUGUUAAAGAAAAAUUACAAUAACAUCACAAAACUAAUACCUGAAAAAGAAAUCAAUGAACCUGUUGAUGUUUAAUCGUUUGUAUGAAGGUGUUGAUUUAUUGUUGUUUUCAACCAUUCCCUCUCUCCCACGGAUUCAGUGUAAAACUGUAAACACCAUGUUUCCUGUGCUGUUGCCUCUAGUGGCAGGUGCAGUAUUAACUAGAUGUUUGUUUUUGUUUUUUUUGCUGCAGUGAGGCAAUGUCAAACACCUUGUUUUAGGGGUGAUUAAUUUUACAGAUGCUGACGUUGUCCUUUAACGGUUGUUUGGGUUUAUCGUACAUUAAACACUGCAGGGUGUUAUUUAUGUAUUUAGACUGAAUUUAUUGACUCCAUCUUCUAAGGCAGCGUCGCGGUUCACUGCCCCUCUGUUAUUAAAACGUCAGCACCGGCUGCAGGUUUAAACUCUGGCCUCUGCUCCCUCAUCAGAUGGUUCCUGCUGGCUCUGCUUUCCUUUUUCUAAACAAGACUAAAACAUUUAAUGUAAUGUUCAAGCCACAAUCGAGAUAUGUGUU